CCGGGGGCGCACAGCCUCGCCUCCUGGCCGGCAUCUCUCCAAAGCCUCCCCGAACCUCUUUCAACAAGUUCCCGCCUCUUGGCGGGGGAGGCGGAGGCGGAGGCGGCGGGAGCGGCUCCCUCGCCCGGGCAGCCGAGAGGAGCGCGCGCCAAACAAAGCCCAGGCAGUGCGCUCUGCAGGGCGCGGCGGCGGCGACCCCGGUGGCUCUGGCGGGUCCAAGGAAGGCGAGCGAGGCAGCAGGAGAGGAGCCUGGACGGGCAGCGGCGCCCUGAGGCAGAGGCAGGGCGGGGGGCGUCGCCGGGCCAGAGGGGGGGGGGGUCCUUGCCUAGCCGCGCGCCCCUCCGCGCCUCGCCAAGAUGGCCAUCGCGCACCUCGCCACCGAGUACGUCUUCUCGGACUUCUUGCUGAAGGAGCCGUCGGAGGGCAAGUACCAGGGGCUGCGGCUCGAUCUGGCCGUCGACAAGCUGGUGACCUGCAUCGCCGUCGGGCUGCCUCUGCUGCUCAUCUCGCUCGCCUUCGCCCAGGAGAUCUCCAUAGGUACCCAAAUGAGCUGCUUUUCUCCAAGUUCCUUUUCCUGGCGCCAAGGAGCUUACGUGGAUUCUUAUUGCUGGGCUGCAGUGCAACAGAAACAGCUUUCAUGGGGUGACUCCGGACACCUUCCACUCUGGCUUCAUAAAUUCUUCCCAUACAUCCUUCUGCUCAUUGCUGUCUUGCUGUACCUGCCAUACCUCUUCUGGCGUUUCACCGCAGCGCCCCACCUGAGCUCCGACCUGAAGUUCAUUAUGGAGGAACUCGACAGAGCCUACAACAGAGCGAUCAAAGCAGCCAACAGCUGCCAUAACGGGGAAUCACGGGAUCCCUCCAGCUCACAUCCCAUUAUUAAUGAGAACACAGGUCAGAGUUUGUGGGAGAUAUCUGACAGCUACUUUAAAUAUCCCAUGGUGGAACAGUACCUGAAGACCAAGAAGAGGUCCAGGCACUUGAUAAUCAAGUACAUCAUCUGCCGUCUGCUAACCCUGAUCAUUAUUGUGCUGGCCUGCCUCUAUUUGGGCUAUUACAUCAGCCUUUCCUCUAUGACCGACGAGUUCAUCUGCAACCUGAAAACCGGAAUCCUGAAGAACGACACGACUGUUCCAGACCGGAUCCAGUGCAAACUGAUUGCCGUCGGCGUCUUCCAGCUGCUCAGUUACAUCAAUUUCAUCGUGUAUGUGCUGUUGGUCCCCGUUGUGCUUUAUGCCUUGCUGGUCCCAUUCAGGCAGAGUUCCGACAUAUUGCAACUGUAUGAGAUCCUGCCCACGUUUGAUGUCCUCAAGGUCAAAAUAAAGCACUACGACGACCUGAGCCUUUACCUCCUCUUCCUGGAGGAAAACGUGAGCGAGCUGAAAUCUUACAAGUGCCUCAAAGUUUUGGAGAGCCUGAAAGGCACCGGAGAGAAGUUUGACGCGAUUCAACUCCUGAUGAAUCUGGGCAUGAUUAAAACAGACACGGUAGACGGGAAGUCAGCCACGGUCAAAGGCGACUCUGGAAAGAAAGUGGACGGAGAACUUGCAAACAGUGCAACGGAGUUAACAGAUUUGGCACCACCAACACCGACGGAUGAGGAAGGAAAAAUAAGUGAAGGAGAUGCCAAGGUUCGUCAAAGGCUUCUGGAUUCUUCUUGCUGAUGGCGGUCCAGUUGGUGACGGGUCGAUUUAUGAGAGGUCUUUCCACCUACUCCAGCAUGCGCCAUAUUGAAUGACAGGUGGUUGAGAGUGAAAGAAUCAGGAUCCAAGACAGAAGAGUUUACAGACGCACACCACACCUAUGUUUACAUACCUAUUCGAGCCUUCUGUGUCAAAGGCCAUGCCAGUGGCAGACUCUGUUGUAAAUGAACAUUGGGAAAAAGUCAAAGUCCAUGACGUGAGUAGGUGCCAGAGUGGAUAGCUGGGAGAAGCAGGAGCCCAAAGGGGGAGGGGGGAGAGUAGCUGUUCACAAGAAAUUAAACUUGGAAUCAGUUCAUAUAAGCCUUCUGUUGUGUGAGACCUGUGGAAAAACUGCCCACAACUUUAGCCUCUGUUGAUCAAAAUAGACAGCCAAUAUUAAGCUAGAUGGAACUGUGGUUGACUUAUCCAGAGGUCACUGCAUGUGGUUAUUUUAUCGCUCAGUACUUGGGCCUGGAUGCUAUUUUUUCCAUCUCACAUGAGAUGGGCAGCUUUUUAGCCUUCUACUAUACAUGGCAGGGUCUUUACAAAUCAGACCUGAUCAACUAUUUAGCCUCUUUGGGUUGCCUAUUGCAGUGGAAAGGUUUGACUGUGAAGCAGCGUUCAAGAUACACGUAAACCAGAUAGCCAUGUAAUCAAACAGAUAACGUUCAGGGCUCACAUAGCCCUUUUAGCUGAUAAUCAUUUAUUAUUUAUCGUCCCCCGCAAAAAUAACAGAAGUGGGAGCGGUUUCCAGCGAUAGCAUCUGAAAUUCCCUCAUUCCUCCAAGAAUAUUUUGGAGAUAGUCCUGGAAACUGAUCCAAGACCAGCCUAUUGAUCUGGAAAGAUUUUGUUUGCCGUGUGGGAACAUACUAAUAAUACUGAAGCAUUUGAAGGUUUGACGGAAAUCAGCGCAACGGGAAAGCACUAGAACCUCCGCCUUAUACCCAGAUGCUGCCUUUGGCAUUUAUCGGAAAUGUUUUGGUUUUUUAAAAAAAUAUGAAUUGUAACCAUGUAGCCGAAAUGGUUUUGUAAUGUCCUUGCAUUUCAUCAUCCCCCUGUGAUAUGGUAGGAUCCUGUUUAUUUAAUGUAUUACAAUUGCAUGAGGUAAUUUCUGGAGGGUUAGGAUGAUGGCGACUAGGAAGAACUCAAAGUGUUAUUGUGUUGUGUUAAUGUGAUGGUACUAAUCUCCUUAUAACCCUAAAAACACUAUUGGGAUGAGUUAACUAUCAUGUUUGUACUUUUUUGGUAGAAUUCAGAGAUAAGUGGAUCUAAGAACCUUUCCCUCUUAGGACUUUGCCACUUAUACAGUAGUAAAACAAUAUCCUCAAAGUACAGCCACUUACCACUGAGAGUUUAAUUAAUUUUUUUUAAGUACCUAGGUUGAAAACAAGCCCCACAUAAGCUAGGCAUUUUUGGCACUAGGGUAUUUUUUUAACCUCUUGAGGUACUGAACUACCCCAUUGGGUAUUUUUCUACUCCAUGAUUUUUUAAAGAAAAGAGUGGUCCUAGGGAUCAUUUUUAGGUAUUCUGGAGAGAGUCCUUUCUGAUAGCAGCAUCAGAACUUUGUGGGAUGUUUUGACCUCAAGAUACGUGGGGAAUUUAGUUUGGGAUUAAAAUAUACCUGAAAUGCAAUAUGUGUAAGUUGUUUUAGAGCAGGGGUCCCCAACGUGGUGCUCAUGGGCGCAGUGGUAUCAACCAGCUGGUACCUGUCAGGUGUUUACAGGAACUGGGUGCGGCUAGGUAGACCUUUUGUCCAGCAAGGCUUCUGAUUGACUGAGAUUUAAUUGGCUGCGCAGAUUUUUUAAAAUGUCGCUUUGGCAGCAGCUGCCUCUAGCACAAGGAUCUGCAUCCUCUUACUCAAACUAAGCUCUGGCGAUCAUUUUUCGCCUGGCUCUGCCUCCUGCGGCAGCCAUUUUGUUACUGCCUCCACCAUGCCGUGUCAGAAUUCCAAAUGUGCCCGCAGGAUUCAAAAAGGUCGGGGACCCCUGUUUCAGGUACAUAACUGUGUACGCUAGUGAUAAGAAAGCAUUAGGAUUUCAAUGUGGUACAAAGUGUAGCAGUUGGUAACGGAUUGGUUUGCUUACAACAACCGUUUUCAAACUUUACCAUCAAUCUUACAUUUCUAAUCUACUCGUUCUCCAAGAAAAUGCCUUCCUCAGAGCUUCUCCAUUAUAAAGAUUCCUGGAGCAUAUCUUCUUGCCUCCGUUUUAUCCCCAUGACAAUCCUGCGAGGUGGGUUAGUCUGAGAGAGAA